AUGAAGCCACUGUGUGGUAAACUCCCUGACGUGUGGUUUCUUCACAAAUCUCUAUUCUUAAGUCUACGGCUCAAGGCACCUGUGGUAAUUACUGUCGACCUAGGAGGCUAUCGAGGCUCAUAUGCGCCCACUAAGACUAUCAUAACGGCGCAUAGCUUUCUAAACUUAGCUCGCUCUUUGAUGUCAAACGCAAUGGAAGCGACCAACAAUCGUCUCAAGCAACUGGAAGACAUUGAGAUACGUCUCUACCUCGGGCAAGAGGCAACCACGCAAAGAAGUGCCAGGGAAGACAGGCAAUUGCAGCUCAAGAGACAGGAAGAACAUCGCGAUUUUCUUGAAGAACUGAGGGAGCGGGAUCAAGAAGAGGAUGUGAGUACACUGCGCUCUCCCACUCGACGGUCUAGAGUUAAAGGGAGUGCUCAGGAGCUCCGUCGAAGACGAAGGAUCCUUUCUCGGUCCUCCUUUGGUCAUCUGGCGGUAGGAUCUCGUGAUGAUGAGAGCCAAGCUUCUACAGAUGUCGAAAAUUGGCCGGUGACAAGAAGCGAAACGAAGGUCAAGCGCUCUGCCAGUAAGAUUGUCCCCAGCUCCAGCUCAGGGAAAAAGGACUACGGUCUGCCCACUGCUCGCGAUAGCUAG